UUUACAUUUAAACAUUAUAGUGAAGUAUUACUUGGAGAUUAUUUUCAUAGACAUUUAUUAUGUCAUAUUAAUUAUUAACAAUUGAAUAUAUUGAAUUGAAUUUCUAUUAAUUAUGUUGGUAAAUAACUAUACUGUAAAAACAUAAUCUCAAUUUGAUUUCUAUUAUAUGAAUACAGUGUAUUUGAUAUUAAUUCGUAUUUUAUCAAUGACUACACAACGGUCAGUAUUUCGACGAAGACGUUCAUCAUCUUUAUCAACAAUAAAUACUAGUUAUUCAGAUGAUGAAGAUUUUUGGUCUGCAUCUUCUUCAAGAAAAACAUCGAAAGAUUCAGAAUAUAAGAAGAAAAUAAGUUUGUCAGCUGUUCAAUCAUCCAAUGAAUUAUAUAUUAUGAAUCCUAAUGAUAUAUCAAAUGAAAUUGAGUAUUCACGUGAAACUUUAUACAACUACAAUGAGUCACACACAGUAAGAGAAUCUCGAACAAACUCUUUUCAAUUCGAUAAUAUUAUGUGUCGACGACAAUCAGUUAGUCUGCCUGGAUUUCAUGAAGGAUUGAAUUCUGGUAAAUUAGUAUCAAGAUUAAGUUUAGUUGGUGAUGAACUUGAAGAGAGUUUAAAGAAAUCAAAAACCUUACAUGAGAUAAGCAGUAAAAGAAGAUGGACUAUAUUUGAUUGUUCAACAUCAAAACCAGAAUAAUACUAAUGAUAAUAAUCCGCUUUAUAAACAAUGAAGAUAUGAAUACAAUGUCAGUAACUGAAUCACAUUGUUGAAGCAUCACUUUAUUGAACUGUCUUUCAAAUAAACUGUAUUCUAAAUUAACUUUAUUUGUGCACAAUAAUGUAAAAAGUAAACUAAUGAGUUAUUUAUUUUUCCCACAUUUACAAAAUACACUUCAUUCCUCUAGUAACAAAUCUAAUAUGCUUUUUUUUAAAAAAAAAAAUUCAGUCUUUAAUCAUAACAAUAUGAACAAACUUAUCAAUUGUAUCCUGUAUAAAAAGCACGUGGUAACUAUUAAUUAAUGAAUAUUGUACUUUCCUGCAAAAAUAAAAUCAUUUUAAAGAUGAGAAUUUUACAAACAAAACUUUUUUCUU